CAUGCCACAGGCACCCUCUUCCACUGCUGAGGAAUGCGCUGAAAUCUCCAACCUGCCGCUUCUGAAAGGGGGUUUUCCGGGUCUCGCGGGCGUUGUGCUUUCCAGGCUUGCUCAAUUUCGACAAAGAAAAGCUCAAUCUGAUGGGCAAAAUCCUCCUAAGAAACAGAAAAAAAAGAAAAAGACCUCAAGCUGUAAACAUGAUUUGCAUGUUUUAAAUAUUGAUCAACAGAGUGAAGAGACACCCAUAAAUAGUUCCCAGUGUAUUGAGUCAGCUAUGACUCCUGAUUCCACCAUGAUGAGAACCCUACCCAGUGGGGAAAUAAGCAAACAGGACCAGGUCUUCUCUGUUGAAAUAGAAAGUGAAAUUUCAACCACAGCAGAUGACUAUAGCUCAGAGGUAAAUGGUUGCAGUUUUGUAAUGAAAACAGGAAGGCCAACAAAUUUAUUAAGGGAAGAAGAAUUUGGCAUUGAUGAUUCCUGCUCUGAACAAGGAGCUCAGUAUAGUCAGGCCCACCUAGAGAUGAUGGAAAGUGAAUUGGCUGGGAAACAGCAUGAGAUUGAAGAGUUAAACCGAGAACUGGAAGAGAUGAGGGCCACCUAUGGGACCGAAGGACUGCAGCAGCUACAAGAAUUUGAAGCUGCCAUUAAACAAAGAGAUGGAAUCAUAACUCAGCUCACUGCUAAUUUACAGCAAGCAAGAAGAGAAAAGGAUGAGACCAUGAAAGAAUUUUUAGAGUUAACCGAACAAAGUCAAAAAUUACAGAUUCAAUUCCAGCAUCUGCAGGCUAGUGAAAGUCUGCGGAGCAGCACCCACAGCAGCACGGCUGCUGACUUACUGCAGGCCAAGCAGCAGAUCCUCACGCAUCAGCAGCAGCUGGAGGAGCAGGACCACCUCUUAGAAGAUUAUCACAAGAAGAAGGAGGACUUCAAAAUGCAAAUUACUGUCUUACAGGAGAAGAUUAAAGCAUAUGAAAUGGAACAAGAUAAAAAAAUAGAAAACUCAAAUGAAAAAGAAAUACAAGAAAAGGAGGCAAUCAUUGAAGCAUUAAAUUUAAAAAUAAUAGAAGAAGAAAAAAAAACUCUUGAACUAAAAGAUAAAGUAACAGCUUCUGAUAAAUUAUUAGGUGAAUUACAAGAACAAGUUGUACAAAAAAACCAAGAGAUAAAAAACAUGAAGUUGGAAUGGAGUAAUUCUAAGCAAAAGGAAAGACAGUGUUCUGAGGAAAUUAAACAGCUAAUGAGGACAGUUGAAGAACUUCAGAAGAGAAAUCAUAAAGAUAGCCAACUGGAGAUUGAUACAGCACAAAGAAGGGAACAAGAAACACAAAGAAAGCUUGAACAACAGCGAGCCGAGCUGGAUGAGAUGUACGGUCAGCAGAUAGUGCAGAUGAAACAAGAAUUAAUAAAACAGCACAUGUCACAGCUAGAGGAACUUAAAACACAACAUAAGGAAGAGAUGGGGAAUGUGUUAAAAUCAUCUUCAAACAUUACAGUUAAUGAAGAUCAGUUGAAGUUAAUGAAUGUGGCAAUAAAUGAAUUGAAUAUAAAAUUACAAGAUACUAACUCUCAAAAGGAAAAACUCAAGGAAGAACUAGGGGUAGUUUCAGGAGAAAAGUCAGCUCUACAAGGACAGAUUGAAGACCUUUUUGAAGAAUUACACUUUUUAAGAGACCAGAUUCAGAGAGCCAGACAGACCAUUGCUGAACAGGAAGGUAAACUUAAUGAAGCUCGGAAGUCCCUGAGUACAGUGGAAGACCUGAAAGCUGAGAUUGUGUCUGCAUCAGAAUCCAGGAGGGAGCUAGAGUUAAAACAUGAAGCCGAAGUUACAAACUACAAGAUAAAACUUGAAAUGUUAGAGAAAGAAAAGAAUGCUGUGUUAGACAGAAUGGCUGAAUCCCAAGAAGCAGAAUUAGAGAGGCUGAGAGAACAGCUUCUAUUUAGUCAUGAGGAAGAACUUUCCAAACUAAAGGAAGACUUAGAAAUUGAACAUCGAAUAAAUAUUGAAAAGCUUAAAGAUAAUUUAGGCAUUCAUUAUAAGCAGCAGAUAGAUGGCUUACAGAAUGAAAUGAGUCAAAAGAUAGAAACUAUGCAAUUUGAAAAGGACAAUUUAAUAACUAAACAGAAUCAAUUAAUUUUAGAAAUUUCAAAGCUAAAAGAUUUACAAGAAUCACUUGUGAACUCAAAAUCAGAAGAAAUGACUCUUCAAAUCAAUGAACUUCAAAAAGAAAUUGAAAUACUCAGACAAGAAGAGAAGGAAAAGGGUACUCUUGAACAGGAAGUUCAAGAAUUACAACUUAAAACUGAAUUAUUGGAGAAACAAAUGAAGGAAAAAGAGGAUAACCUUCAAGAAAAGUAUGCACAGCUGGAAGCAGAGAAUAGCAUUCUUAAAGACCAGAAGAAAGCCCUUGAAGACAUGUUGAAAGCUGACACUUCUGUGGAUCAAGAAGAAAGAUUAAUUUUUAUAGAUUCCAGUAAGUCCAAAUCCAAAGAGUGUAGCUGGGAAAAACAAAUACAGAGACUCACAGAAGAAAAUGAGGACCUCAAGCAACAGUGUGUUUAUCUAAAUGAAGAGAUUGAAAAGCAAAAGAAUACAUUUUCAUUUGCUGAAAAAAACUUUGAAGUGAACUAUCAGGAGUUACAGGAGGAGUAUGCCUGCCUUCUUAGGGUCAAAGAUGAUUUGGAAGACAGUAAAAAUAAGCAAGAAUUAGAGUAUGAAAGUCAGCUUAAAGCACUUAGUGAGCAACUUAAUUUUCAAAGAGUAAAUCCAAUGAUGGUGAAAGGGAGAAGUUCUGUUUCUGAUGAUGACAAAACUUUUCUGUCUGAGCCAUUGGAAAUCGGUGAGGUAGUUGAGAAAGAUACAACAGAGCUGAUGGAAAAACUUGAAGUAACCAAGCGAGAAAAAUUAGAACUGUCAGAAAAACUGUGUGGUCUUUCUGAACAAUUAAAACAGAGACAUCGUGAGAUUAAUAUUCUAAAUGAAGAAGUUAAAUCUUUAAAGCAAGAGAAGGAGCAACUUUCAUUAAGAUGUAGAGAGCUAGAAAUCAUAAUUAACCAUAACAGAACAGAAAAUGUAAAUGUGUGUGAUGUUCAGUUAAGUUCAUUAAAAGAUGGAGUUGUAACUGUGACAGGCAGAGAUUAUGGAGAACUUGUUCCUAAAAUAAGUAAAGAUUUUGGUGAAGGAUCAAAAAUCAUGGUAGAAGAUAAAGUUCUUUUUGGAAGUAUGACUGUUGUAAGAGAUAGCAAGGAUGAACAGUUGAUUUUGCCAACAUUAACAAAUGAAUCAUCUCCCAGAGCAACUGAACUAUGUGAUGAAAAUCAGCUCCAGCAGGAGCUUCAACUACUUAAAUCAGAACAGAAUGAUUUAAGACUACAGAUGGAAGCCCAACGUAUAUGCCUUUCUCUGGUUUAUUCAACUCAUGUGGACCAGGUCCGUGAAUACAUGGAAAAUGAAAAAGAAAAAGCUCUUUGCAGUCUUAAAGAGGAACUUCUUGCUGCUCAAGAGGAAAAGAUCAAGGAACUUCAUAACAUACACCAAUUACAGCUUCAGAAUAUAAAAACACAAGACACAGUUGAUAAAGCAAAGCCUUUGCAGAAGCUCAUUGCAAGACUUCAAAUGGCAGUGUCUGAGGAAUGUUCUAAUAUGUCAAAGAUUUUAAACAAUGUCUUGGCUGAAUGUUAUACUCCUUUAAAAUGUGAAAUUAAUAUAGGCAAUAGAGAGAAUUCUGGUGUUUACUCUUCUCAGAAUCAAAGACCAGAUUUACAAGAGUAUAGACAUGAAGUUCAAGACUUUCAAGAAAACAUGCAAACCCUUCUCAACAAAGUAACAGAAGAAUGUAACAAGCUCUUAGUACUCCAGGCACGAUUCAGCAAGGUUUAUGGACAGCAAAUACCUGGUACUGAACUUGAAUUUGCAGAAGACCUGUCAAAAGAGUUUACAUCAACCCAUUCUCAGAUGACCAGUCUACAAGACCUUGGUGUUAGUCAUAAAAGCAAGUUAUCUUCUCAGCAAGAUACAGAAAAAACUAAACAACUAGAAGAACAAGUUCAAGAAUUGGAAAACUCCAUACUCUCUUUGCAGCAACAACUGAAAGAAACUGAAGAAAACCAUGGUGCAGAGAUCCAGUGUUUGCAGGAAAGGCUUCAAGCUGUUACUGAGUCCUCGCUUCCACUGAGCUUCUCCAUGAGUUCAGUGGUAAUAAAUGACUCAAGUGCACAGAAAACAGUGCACCCUGGAAAUCAUCUAAAAGAGAACAUUGAUGGUGCAAUGGAGUUACCUGGUGGAUUUGAAGUGAAGCAAGAAACAAAUAUGGUUCAGUUGCUGGAAAAACAGUAUCAGGAACGAUUAGAAGAAGAAGUAGCUAAGGUCAUUGUGUCAAUGAGUGUAGCAUUUGCUCAACAGACUGAACUUUCUAGAGCAUCUGAUGGGAAAGAAAAUGUUACAUCAUCAAAACAAGCAUAUGCUCUGUGUCCACAAAAACAUAUCAAAGAAGAAUUUAAACCACUUAGAAAAGAGUUAGGAGAAGGUGAAAAAGAAGUUCUGUUAUCAAAUAAUGAUGGUCUUGAUGGUAUGCUUAAAUCAAAGGAACCCAUUGGGCUGACUAUUUCAGAAGAAAUAUUGUCCAAAGAUGAAACAUUUAUAGUCAGAGAAUCUGUCCAUGAUACAGUGUUGGUAUCAAACAUGGAUACUUCCAGACAGCUGAUGUUAAAUGAAGAACAGUUAGAGGAUAUGAGGCAGGAACUUGUUAGACAAUAUGAAGAACAUCAACAGGCAACUGAACUUUUGAGACAAGCCCAUAUGAGACAAAUGGAGAGACAGCGAGAAGACCAGGAACAGCUACAAGAAGAAAUUAAGAGACUUAAUAAACAGUUAGCCCAGAGAUCCUCAAUAGAUAAUGAAAACCUGGUUUCAGAGAGAGAGAGGGUGCUUUUAGAGGAACUGGAAGCACUAAAGCAGCUGUCUCUAGCUGGAAGAGAGAAGCUGUGUUGUGAGCUGCACAACAGCAGUACGCAAACACAGGAUGGAAAUGAAAACCAAGGGGAAGUUGAAGAACAAAUAUUUAAAGAGAAGACAUUGGACAGAAAGCCUGAAGACGUACCCCUUGAUAUUCUGUCCAAUGAAAGGUAUGCACUUCAGAAAGCUAAUAACAGGCUUUUGAAGAUCCUCUUAGAAGUUGUAAAGACAACAGCAGCUGUUGAAGAAACAAUUGGUCGCCAUGUCCUUGGGAUUCUGGAUAGAUCUAGUAAAGGCCAGUCAGUUAUCAGCCUGAGUUGGAGGUCAGAAGCAGAAGCAUCUGUAAAGCCAUGUGUUCAAGAGGAACAUCAAAGAGAUGAAUCCAUACCUUCUUAUUCUGGAAGUGCUAUGGCAAGAAAUGACAGUAGCAUGUGGUCAAAAGUAACUGAGGAAGGAACAGAACUCUCACAGAGGCUUAUGAGGAGUGGUUUUGCUGGAACUGAAAUAGAUCCAGAAAAUGAAGAACUUAUGCUGAACAUUAGCUCUCGACUACAAGCAGCUGUUGAAAAACUCCUAGAAGCCAUAAGUGAAACCAGUAGUCAGCUCGAACAUGCAAAAGUUACACAGACGGAGUUGAUGCGUGAGUCAUUUAGACAGAAACAAGAAGCAACAGAGUUCCUUAAGUGCCAGGAAGAACUACGAGAACGCCUUCAUGAGGAGUCCAGGGCCAGAGAACAGCUGGCUGUGGAGCUCAGUAAAGCUGAGGGUGUCAUUGAUGGGUAUGCAGAUGAAAAAACUCUUUUUGAAAGGCAAAUUCAGGAGAAAACUGAUGUAAUAGAUCGUCUUGAGCAGGAGUUGUUAUGUGCAGGUAAUAGAUUGCAAGAAUUGGAAGGAGAGCAACAGCAGAUCCAAGAAGAACGAGAGUUACUGUCCAGACAGAAGGAGGCUAUGAAAGCAGAAGCUGGCCCAGUUGAACAGCAGUUACUGCAGGAAACAGAAAAAUUAAUGAAGGAAAAGCUAGAAGUACAGUGUCAAGCUGAAAAAGUACGUGAUGACCUUCAGAAACAAGUGAAAGCUCUAGAAAUCGAUGUUGAGGAACAAGUCAGUAAGUUUAUAGAGCUGGAGCAAGAAAAAAAUGCUGAACUAAUGGAUUUAAGACAACAGAACCAAGCACUGGAAAAGCAGUUAGAAAAAAUGAGAAAAUUUUUAGAUGAGCAAGCCAUUGAUAGAGAACAUGAGAGAGAUGUGUUCCAACAGGAAAUCCAGAAACUAGAACAGCAACUAAAGGUUGUACCUCGAUUCCAACCUGUCAGUGAACAUCAAACUAGAGAGGUUGAGCAGUUAACAAAUCACCUGAAAGAAAAAACAGACAAGUGUAGUGAGCUUUUGUUGUCAAAAGAGCAGCUGCAAAGAGAUAUACAAGAAAGGAAUGAAGAAAUUGAGAAACUGGAAUUCAGAGUACGAGAACUGGAGCAAGCCUUACUCGUCAGCACAGACAGUUUUCAAAAGGUUGAUGACCGGAAACAGUUGGGAACCAUAGAAGCCAAAGCAGAAUUGUCUCUGGAAGUACAGUUGCAGGCUGAACGAGAUGCUGUAGACAGAAAGGAAAAAGAGAUCACAAACUUAGAAGAACAGUUAGAGCAGUUCAGAGAAGAGUUGGAAAAUAAGAAUGAAGAGGUCCAGCAGCUGCACAUGCAGCUAGAAAUACAGAGAAAGGAGUCCACCACCCACCUGCAAGAGCUGGAACAAGAAAACAAGUUACUUCAGGAUGAAAUGGAGAAACUGGGAUUUGCCAUAAAGGAAUCUGAUACUACCUCUUCUCAGGACCAACAUCUCCUUUUGGGGAAAUUUGCUCAAAUAAUACAGGAAAAAGAGGUAGAAAUUGACCAAUUAAAUGACCAAAUUAUCAAACUCCAGGAGCAGCUUAAACUUACAACAAAUAAUAAGGUCAUUGAAGGAAAAAAUGAACUGAUAAGGGAUCUUGAAACCCAAAUAGAAUGUUUGAUGAGUGAUCAAGAACGUGUGAAGAAAAAUCGAGAAGAUGAAAUAGAGCAGCUCAGUGAAGUGAUUGAAAAACUUCAGCAGGAAUUGGCAAACAUUGAACAGAAGACAUCGAUAGAUGCUAAUUCCCUCCCAGAAGAAGCAGAUGGUUUAAAGCACCAGUUGGAUAAGGUUGUGGCUGAAAAGCUGGCUUUGGAACAGCAAGUAGAAACCACUAAUGAAGAACUGGCCUCCACCAAAAAUGUGCUUAAUGAAACCAAUUUUAAAAUGAAUCAGCUAGCCCAAGAAGUAUUCAACCUGAAGAGAGAAUGUGAAAAUAAGGAAGAAAUCCAAAGUAUGCCUGAGAAAAGUAUUAAUAUAACUGUUGAUGACAUCUGCAAAGACAAACCUAGACAAGAAGAAGCCCCCACUGAGGCUGCUCUUAAAUUCCAAGGAAAUCAAACUUACAUCACAUCUUUUGAAGAAAGCACCAAAGUGCCCAGGAAAACUCUGGAAACAAAGUUGCUACAACUUGAGAGUUCUAUCAGUACAAAGGAUCUGGAACUUAUCCAGUGUUAUAAACAAAUAAAAUACAUGCAAGAACAAGGCCAAUCGGAAACAGAAAUGCUUCAGAAAAAGAUUGUAAACCUUCAGACAAUGCUUGAGGAAAAAGUAGCUGCUGCACUUGUGAGUCAAGUCCAACUUGAGGCAGUCCAGGAAUAUGCAAGGUUCUGUCAGGAAAAGCAAGAAGUUUUAUCAGAACCUGAACAGACAAAUACACAGAAUGUAGCUCAACUAACAGAAAACAGUGUGGAGUCAGAUAUAUCUACACUAACCUUGAGAAUAACAGAAUUAGAAAGUCAAGUGCUUGAAAUGUAUACCAGUUUGAUAUCAGAAAAAGAACAAGUAGAAAUUGCAGAGAAAAAUGCUUUAGAAAAAGAAUACAAAUUAUUAGAGCUCCAGAAGCUUUGGGGGGACACUGAGAAGCAGCACGAAGGGAGAGAAAGAAGAAACCCUGAAGGAGAUACUGAGGGUCUCAAGAGUACUGAGCUAAUUCGUGCUAGUGGAGAAAAUGGAUCUUUUGUUGAACCUCAGGCUGUCAGAGCCCAGUCAGUAGCUACCAAGGAACUUGCCAGUUAUAAAGAAAAGGCAGAAAAACUUCAAGAAGAUCUUUUGGUGAAAGAAAGAAAUAUAGCAUCUCUUCAGAAAGAUUUAAGCCAUGUUCAGUAUCUACUCAGAGAGGCCGAAGAGAAAUUUUCCCACCUCUUAGAAAAAGAAGAUAAGACCAAGGAACAAGCAAACAAAAAGGCCCCUGAAUUAGAGCCACUUCCUAUUAACAUGGGUAAAAGCUCUGCAUCCCAGAUGGAGGGAGCUGUCAUGGUCAGCAGCAGCAAUCAGACUCCACAAAUUCAUGUUAGAAAUGUAGGAAUUCAGAUUGAUUUACAAAGUGGAUGCUCCUCAGAAGUCACUGAUAUAAUUAGCCAGUUUACUGAAAAAGUUGAGCAGAUGCAAGAACUACAUGCUGCUGAAAUCUUGGACAUGGAGUCCAGACAUAUUUCAGAGACUGAAACCCUGAAGAGGGAACAUUAUGUUGCAGUUCAGUUACUGACAGAGGAAUGUAGCACCUUGAAGGCAGUGAUACAGUGUCUGAAAUCUAAAGAGGGUUCCUCAGUUCCUGAACUAACAUAUUCUAAUCUUUACCAAACUACAGAAAUGUGUUCUAGUGAUUCUGGAUCAGACUGGGGUCAGGGAAUUUAUCUAACACAAAGUCAGGGAUUUGAUACAGCAUCAGAAGGCCGAGAAGGUGAAAGUUCAACAGAUUCCUUUCCAAAGAAAAUAAAGGGACUGCUAAGAGCUGUCCAUAAUGAGGGUAUGCAGGUGCUUUCUCUUUCGGAGUCACCUUAUGGUGAUGGAGAGGACCCUUCUGUUCAGCCCAUUUCUGAGUUUUGGCUAGAAGAGAGAAGAGCUUACCUCAGUACCAUCUCAUCUCUUAAGGAAUUAAUCACCAAAAUGCAAGUGCAAAGAGAAGCUGAGGUUUAUGAUAGUUCUCAGUCUCAUGAGAGCCUCUCAGACUGGCGAGGUGAACUACUGCUUGCCCUUCAACAUGUUUUCUUAAAGGAACGCAGUGCUUUACUAGCUGCAUUUCAGACUGAACUGAUGGCGCUAGGUACUAAAGAUACAGUUGAAUUAUUAAACUGCUUGGAACAGAGACUACAAGAACAGGGUAUUGAGUAUCAAGCAGCUAUGGAAUGUCUCCAGAAAGCAGAUAGAAGGAGUUUGUUAUCUGAAAUUCAAGCACUGCAUGCUCAAAUGAAUGGUAGGAAAAUGACCCUGAAAAGAGAACAAGAAAGUGAUAAACCCAGCCAAGAGUUCCUGGAAUAUAAUGUGCAGCAGAAGCAGUCUCAGAUGCUGGAGAUGCAGGUGGAGCUCAGUGGUGUGAAAGACAGAGCUGCUGAGCUGCAGGAGCAGCUGAACUCAGAAAAGAUGGUGGUGGCUGAACUAAAAAGUGAACUUGCACAAACAAAGUUGGAACUAGAAACAACACUCAAAGCACAGCAUAAGCACCUAAAGGAAUUAGAAGCAUUCAGAUCGGAAGUUAAAGACAAGACAGAUGAAGUCCAUUUGCUUAAUGAUACGUUAGCAAGUGAACAGAAAAAAUCAAGAGACCUCCAAUGGGCUUUAGAGAAAGAGAAAGCCAAGUUGGGACACAGUGAAGAGCGUGGGAAAGAAGAGCUUGAGGAUCUAAGAUUUUCACUUGAGGAUCAGAAGCAGAGGAACAUCCAGCUGAAUCUACUUUUGGAACAACAGAAACAAUUACUAAAUGAAUCACAGCAGAAAAUAGAAUCUCAAAGAAUGCUAUAUGAUGCCCAGCUCUCAGAAGAACAAGGCCGAAAUUUAGAGCUUCAAGUACUUCUGGAGUCGGAGAAAGUUCGUAUCCGGGAAAUGAGUAGCACCCUCGAUAAGGAGCGGGAGUUGCGUGCCCAGCUGCAGAGCAGUGAGGAUGGUGAGCAGCCUCAGCAGUCCUUACCUGCAGAGGACCUGCUGAAGGAGCUACAGAAACAGCUGGAGGAAAAACACCAUCGCAUAGUGGAACUUCUAAAUGAGACUGAAAAAUAUAAACUGGAUUCUUUGCAAACAAGGCAGCAAAUGGAAAAAGAUAGGCAGGUUCAUAGGAAGACAUUGCAGACAGAACAGGAGGCUAACACCCAGGGGCAGAAAAAAAUGCAUGAGCUCCAGUCCAAAGUGGAAGAUCUUCAGCGCCAGCUAGAAGAGAAAAGGCAACAAGUGUAUAAGUUAGACCUAGAAGGAAAACGACUACAAGGAAUUAUGCAGGAAUUUCAGAAGCAAGAAUUAGAACGAGAAGAAAAACGGGAAAGUAGACGAAUUCUGUAUCAGAAUCUUAAUGAGCCAACUACUUGGAGCUUUACUAAUGAUCGAACUAGAAAUUGGGUUCUUCAACAGAAGAUAGGAGGAGAGACAAAAGAAGCAAGCUAUCCACAGCUGAUUGAAAUGAAUGGAGGAGAAGCUGGCCACAAUCAUGAAUUGGAAAUGAUCAGACAGAAACUUCAACUUGUGGCUUCAAAGCUGCAGCAUCUUGCCCAGAAAGCCUGUCAUAGACUCCAGUUUGAAACAGCAGAUGGUGAAGCUUUUAUUUGGAUUCAGGAUAAUAUUGAUGGGAUUAUUUUACAACUGCAGAAACUAACUGGCCAGCCAAGAGAAGAGCACAGCUUAUCACCCCCAAGUACUUCUUGUGGCUCAUUGACUGAAAGACUGCUGAGACAAAAUGCUGAGCUAACAGGACACAUCAGCCAACUGACCGAAGAAAAGAAUGAUUUAAGGAACAUGGUUAUGAAGCUGGAAGAGCAGAUAAGGUGUUAUCGACAGACAGGAGCCAGUAGAGAUUAUUCUUCUAGGUUUUCAUUCGGUGAUGCUGCUAACAUAGAAGCCAUCAUUGCUUCAGAAAAAGAAGUGUGGAACAGAGAAAAAUUAGCUCUUCAAAAAUCCUUGAAAAGGGCAGAAGCAGAAGUGUGCAAACUGAAAGCUGAACUCAGAAAUGACACUUUACUUCAGGGUCUGAGCCCGGACUCUGAACAUGCUACCCUAAAGAGAAUUUAUGGUAAAUAUCUGCGGGCUGAAAGUUUUCGAAAAGCUCUAAUUUAUCAGAAGAAGUACCUGCUCUUGUUAAUUGGUGGAUUCCAGGAGUGUGAAGAUGCCACCUUGGGCCUGCUUGCCCGAAUGGGGGGUCAACCAGUAUUCACUGAUCUUGAGGUGAUCACCAACCGCCCAAAGGGCUUCACCAGGUUUCGUUCAGCUGUCAGAGUGUCCAUUGCAAUUUCAAGGAUGAAGUUUUUGGUUCGGCGGUGGCAUCGUGUCACAGGUUCUGGUUCCAUCAAUAUUAACAGGGAUGGCUUUGUUCUGAAUCCAGGUGCUGAAAAAACUGACCCAUAUUAUCACUCUUCUGGAGGUCUGGAGUUGUAUGGAGAACCAAGGCACAUAACAUAUCGCUCAAGAGCAGACCUGGACUAUCCUAGAUCUCCUUUACCAUUUCAAAGUCGGUACCCAGGCACACCAGCUGAUUUAAAUCCUGGUUCCCUAGCAUGUUCUCAGCUGCAGAAUUAUGAUCCUGACAGAGCUCUAACAGAUUACAUCACUCGGCUGGAGGCACUGCAGAGACGACUUGGAACUGUACAGUCAGGUUCAACUACUCAGUUUCAUACUGGCAUGAGAAGAUAAUCCUUUGAGAUACCACUUAUUUUAAACAAAUUCCCUUUUGUUAAUCAGUGGCUUUUUUCGUGCUUUUGUAUUGUGAAUAUUCAAUGGGACCAAUACAAACACAGUUUAUGAUUGUAUACAAAUCCUUGCCAGCACAUGAAAACAAACUGGAGUUUGUGUAUAUAAACAUUGUGUAUGCAUUCAUGCACAAUAAUCAUUGAAUUACAUGUAUAUUUGUGGAAUGCUAAUUUAAAUGAUUAAAUUAUAAACCUUGUGUAUUUAUCAAAUGGGUGAGAAGAUUAAACUUUUGCGAAUUAUGAUACUGCUGAAUGUGUAGCUUGCGGUGUCAUGCACUUUUCUUACAAGGCUACUGGAGUUACAUGUUCCUGCCUAAUAUAUUUGCUACUGGUGAUGAAGACAGAACCUAUCACUUGUAGAGACCUAUUUUUGUAUUAAGGUAGAAGUUUUGAAUUUUAUGGGGUAUUUUGUCAAGUACUGAAAUAAAAAUGACUUCACCAUUUUCACCA